AUGGGGAAGCUAUACCUUACACAUCUUGGAGGACUGAACGUUUAUUGCUGUACAAAGUGUCGAGCACAUCUAGCCAACAAAGAGGAGAUUAUAUCAAAGCAAUUCCAAGGUCGAAGCGGAAAAGCCUAUCUAUUUGCGUCUGUAGUCAAUGUAUGUCUAGGAGACCCAGAGGAUAGGGUAUUCAACUCUGGAGAAUACAAUGUUCGAGACGUUAUAUGUUUAGCAUGUCUAUCGAUAAUAGGAUGGAGAUAUGAGAAGAGUUAUGAAGAAACACAAGCAUAUAAAGAGGGCAAAUAUAUUGUAGAGAAAGCAAAGAUACUCAAAUGUAAA